UCUUCAUGGCGGAGCAGCAAGAGAUCGAGAGCAGCGAUGGCGGCGGCGGUGGAUCAUCCAAGGACAAGGCAGCGGCGGCACCGCUUCCUCCCGCGGAUGGAUCGCGGCCGCCGCGCCACGCCACAUCCAAGUACGAUUUCGUCAAGGUGCGAGUUUGGCUGGGUGAGAACUCGGAUCACUACUACGUUUUCUCGCGAUUUCUACUCAGCCGCAUGCUUACUGUGACGAAGAUUCCACAUCAUGUUGCCAUUAAAAUUGCCCUCGAGCUGAAAAAACUGCUGGUUGAUAAUAGCUUGCUGGAUGUCUCACAGACUGAUCUAGAGGCAAAUGUUUUCAAGUUGAUGGAGAGACGGGGAUAUGGGACAGAUUACAUUAAUCGUUACAAGAUGAUGACAAGGUUUCAUCAUCAAAGGAUUCCUCUUAUUAUUCUCGUUUGCGGGACUGCAUGUGUAGGAAAAUCGACAAUUGCAACUCAGCUAGCCCAACGGUUGAAUCUUCCGAAUGUGCUUCAGACUGACAUGGUUUAUGAGCUACUUCGGAGCUCAACAGAGGCGCCGCUGACCUCAACGCCGAUAUGGGAGAGGCAGUUUGAAACAAAAGAAGAACUUAUCACGGAAUUUUGCCGGGAGUGCCGAAUUGUUCGUAAAGGUCUAGACGGGGACUUGACUAAAGCAAUGAAGGAUGGAAAACCUGUCAUUAUUGAGGGCAUUCACUUAGAUCCAAGUAUAUAUCUCAUGGAGGAGAAUGGGAGAGCAAGUCCAGUAAACAAAGCUGAGGACGGAGAUUCUGAGAAGUCACCUGCUCAGUGUGACGGAAAACAGCAACUCAAUGAGCAUGAAAACGGAAGCGCUGCCAAGCCCAAGGCGAUUAUUGUGCCAAUAGUUCUUAGCAUGGCAGAUAUUGAUCAUCAGAUGUUACUGGAAGAAUGGAUCGCGUCUCGUUCCGAGAGUUCCAUCACCGAGGAGGAAGAAGCAGCGCUUAUUGUUAAACUGCGAACCAUACAAGAUUAUCUUACUUCAUUCGAGUCCCAGGGCGUGGGAGUUGUUCCAAUCUCAGCGACAACAUUUCCUCAAACUCUCGACUGGCUUCACGGCUAUCUGUUGCAGCGCAUCGAACGGGACUGUCAGGAGGCAUAGGCUUCGAAGCGUCCAAAGUAAAGCAUUUGCCCAGAAUGGGCAUUUUUUUGUAGCCACUGUGGAGGAUGGCUCGUGCAAUUGCCCG